UCUGAGGCAGGUGCCCGACAUGGCGAGUGCUGUGCUGCCGAGCGGGUCCCCGUGCGCGGCGCCGGCGCCUCCCGGGCUCCAGCUUCGGCUCCUGCUGCUGCUCCUCUCCGCCGCGGCGCUGAUCCCCACAGGUGAUGGACAGAAUUUGUUUACAAAAGACGUGACAGUGAUUGAAGGAGAAGUUGCAACCAUCAGCUGCCAAGUCAAUAAGAGCGACGACUCUGUGAUUCAACUGCUGAAUCCCAACAGGCAGACUAUUUAUUUCAGGGACUUCAGGCCUUUGAAGGACAGCAGGUUUCAGUUGCUGAAUUUUUCUAGCAGCGAACUCAAAGUGUCAUUGACAAAUGUCUCAAUUUCUGAUGAAGGAAGAUACUUUUGCCAGCUCUACACUGACCCCCCCCAGGAAAGUUACACCACAAUCACAGUGCUGGUCCCCCCACGCAACCUGAUGAUCGAUAUCCAGAAAGACACUGCGGUGGAAGGCGAAGAGAUUGAGGUCAACUGCACUGCCAUGGCCAGCAAGCCAGCCACGACCAUCAGAUGGUUCAAAGGGAACAAGGAGCUAAAAGGCAAAUCGGAGGUGGAGGAGUGGUCAGACAUGUACACUGUGACCAGUCAGCUGAUGCUGAAGGUGAACAAGGAGGACGAUGGGGUCCCGGUGAUCUGCCAGGUGGAGCACCCCGCCGUCACUGGAAACUUGCAGACCCAGCGGUACCUAGAAGUACAGUAUAAGCCUCAAGUGCAUAUUCAGAUGACUUAUCCUGUACAAGGCCUAACCCGGGAAGGGGACGCGCUUGAGUUAACAUGUGAAGCCAUCGGGAAGCCCCAGCCUGUGAUGGUAACUUGGGUGAGAGUCGAUGAUGAAAUGCCUCAGCACGCUGUACUGUCCGGACCCAGUUUGUUCAUCAAUAACCUGAACAAAACAGAUAAUGGUACAUACCGCUGUGAAGCCUCAAACAUAGUGGGCAAAGCUCACUCGGAUUAUAUGCUGUAUGUAUACGAUCCCCCCACAACUAUCCCUCCUCCCACAACAACCACCACCACCACCACCACCACCAUCAUCCUUACCAUCAUCACAGACACAUCGGCGACGACAGAACCAGCAGUUCACGGCCUUACUCAGUUGCCCAAUUCCGCAGAAGAACUGGACAGUGAGGACCUCUCAGAUUCCCGAGCAGGUGAAGAAGGCUCCAUCCGCGCGGUGGAUCACGCCGUGAUCGGCGGCGUCGUGGCCGUGGUGGUGUUCGCCAUGCUGUGCUUGCUCAUCAUUCUGGGCCGCUAUUUUGCCAGACAUAAAGGUACAUACUUCACUCAUGAAGCCAAAGGAGCCGAUGACGCAGCAGACGCAGACACAGCUAUAAUCAAUGCAGAAGGAGGACAGAACAACUCCGAAGAAAAGAAAGAGUACUUCAUCUAGAUCAGCCUUUUUGUUUCAAUGAGGUGUCCAACUGGCCCUAUUUAGAUGAUAAAGAGACAGUGAUAUUG